CCAGUGCUUGCGGAAGCAGAGAGUGGAAUGUUGAUACAUUGUUGUUGUUUUGUAGUUAAUUUAGUUCAGAGAAACAUUUCGCUUCGGUUGCAGGACGCGUAUCACGAGCGAGCCGAGGUUCAACCUGUUGAUCAAAGGACACUUUUCGGAGAUUCUGCGCAUUCCCGACAGAAAUUCAGCGUUCACAAGACACAUUUUGAGGAUUUCUGACUAGCUGCUUGUAUGCAGGGCAUGACGACUCAUUUUAAAGCAAACAAACCUUUAAAGCUAAAGAAGGAGGCAGGUGAGAAUGCCCCGGCACUCAGCGACGACGAGCUGGUGGCCAUGUCGGUACGGGAGCUCAACCAGCACCUGCGCGGGUUGACAAAGGAUGACAUGGUCCGGCUGAAACAGCGCCGCCGCACACUGAAGAACCGCGGCUACGCGGCCAGCUGCCGCAUCAAGCGCGUCACGCAAAAAGAAGAGCUGGAACGGCAAAAAACAGAGCUGCAACAGGAAGUGGACAAGCUGGCCUGUGAGAACGCCAGCAUGCGGCUGGAGCUCGACGCGCUCCGGGCCAAGUACGAGGCCCUGCAGUGCUUUGCCCGGACUGUCACCCGCGGGCCUGGUAAGGUGGCCACCACCAGCGUCAUCACUAUUGUCAAGUCCGCCAAUCACAGCCCCAGCUCCGCCCCCUUCUCGGCACAUUCAUAGUGAUGAUGGACCCUGCCCGCCCGGCUCCUUCUGGUCCAACCUGGCUUUAUACCCAGACUGGCCUGUUGGCAGCUUAGUGGUCAGACUGAAGGGAGGGUGAAGGACUACCACAGGCUGCAUCUGUUUUGUUUCUUAUCUCUCUUUUUUACACUCUCACAGAACACACACUUAUAUACACACACAACAUACUCUAUAUUGUCUGUGCACUGUGCUAUAAACUCCCGGCACCGGCAUGGCACACCAGCCGCUCUUUCCGCUUCACAACAGGCUGAGACUUAGCAGAGAUGAACACUUGUUUAAGUGUGAGAUAGUACUUGAUUUAACCUGCCACGGCAGCACUUGUCCGACAGCUCCGAUGCCUGUGGCAUAUUGCAUUUAUAUCGGAAACUGAACUAAAUGUUGCAUCAGUUAAAAAAUCCCAAAUUAUCUCAAAUAGUUAGCACUGGUAGAAGACGACGUUACUUUAAAAUGUUAUCAGAUGUUGUAAAAGACCGGAGGGCGAUAAAACAGUCAGGUGUGAUUAACACAGUCCAAAGUUUAGUACGAUGAUACUUGUAUCAAGGGUAAAUCCUUAUCCUGAAGCGUUAUAUGUUACUGAUAAACGGGAGGAAAUGAACUAUUGGAAAAUGAGAUCGUCUUUUUUUAUUCAGCAUAGGAUUUUUUUUAUAUUACUGUUUUAUUACAGUAUAAUACUAUGAAGCAUUUGCAAAGCAGACUGACAUUGUAUGUAAAUAUUAUUGAUGGAAAUCGCAGACUAAGCGAGUCUUCGGAAAAGGGCACUUGAUGGUGUUUUUUGUUAAGCUAUCUCAAAGAUAUACUGUUAUCCUGACCUUUCCUGUCUUUAUACGACACCAUAAAAUGGUAGGUAAUCCAUAUUGGAUAAAACGAUAACAGGCGCUGUCUUGGCAAACAAAUGCAGUUGAAAAUAUAACCUGUAUAUUACAGAACUGAGAUGUCAAAUUGAAGCUCCCGACGUGGUUAAAUAGAAAAUUCCGUCCGAUCAGAAAGCAUUCCUACUGCUAAGUCACGAAAAGGUGGCACUGCCGGUGUUGGUAACCCUGACUAAAUGUACGUCUAUGAAAUGCAAAUAUUUGAUAUUUUGACACAGACUCUUGGGUAAGAACAAUCCUGAUGCCUCUUGUUAAACCAGUUCAAUAGUGCAUCAUGUAAAAAGGAAAAUAUGUACAGCAUUUAUACUGUUUUUCACUACGCUCAUCAGGAUUGUUUUUUAUCUAAGUGGCUAUGACUGUUCUACCACAGCAGGAAACAUUAGGAGAGUGUUGUGCUGCUGGGAAGCCCACUGCAAGCCCCGGCCUUUAGGGGUCAUGAUGUUCCUUUAGCACACUUUUUAUAUCUCCACGAGUGUUGUACAUGUCUCCAUAUCCCCAAACGCUAUCUAGAUCUGAUGUUUUGCAUCGUCUUUGAAGAAUUCCUGGAUACAUCUAAAAUACAGAGUGGUGUGACCUUGUAACUGUCCUUAAUUUAGUGGUUUAUUUAACUCCGAUGUAGUCAUUUUCUGACACGUCUCUCCUUCAGUCGUUCUGCGGAAAGAAGCCCCUACUCUCAGUUUCUCUAUACAACACUAGUAGUGUUCACAGUGAAUGAUAGUGCUGGCUUAGAGAGAUUUCUAUUUUGAGAUUUUAAAAACAUUUAAUUUCAGUAUUCAUCAUUUCUAUGGUAUCGUUUUUCUUUAUCAUCAUUUCUUAUGGUGAAUGGUCAAACCUACAGUCAGCAUUUCAAUGCACGUCAAGAUGUCCGUAUUGUUCCUUUACAGUUACACAUGAUGUGCUGUUCUGAAGUGACCACAUAUCCUCUUUUUUUUGGACGUAAUGGGUUUUAAAACUACCAUCUUCACUUUCCCUUACACCAUAAAUGCCGUUUAGAGGAAAAAGGCCCAGAAAUUUCACUUUUAUCAUAAUGUGGCCUUAUUUUCAGUUCCGUUGAGAUACUUCUUUAUAUUAUAAUUCUGUGGAAUUGUUUUCCCACUGAAAGGAAUUGCUACAAAUCACUUCUUCUUUAUGGAAGUUGUACAUGACUGGAUUUUUGCGCAAGAGGACUUGACAAAACAGCAUUUUCUGUGCUUUCACUGACAUCUGGUGGUGAUCUGUGUUUCUGUGUUGUUUCAAAUGCUGUGAUCGAAAGCUGAUGACCUGCUCUCUCUUUUUUAAGACUAUUGGCAUUGCUUUUUUGCUUUGCAAUGUUCUGUUCAGCUGCCACCAAAGCCAUAACCAGUCUAUUUGCUUCAUUCAUUUAUUCUUUUUAUUUAUAUCGUAAAUGAAGUGCCCUCCGCUUGCCAGGUCAUAAUGCCCUAAUUCAGAUUAAAGGGAUAGUUUACCCCCCCAAAAAAAUUCUGUCAUAAUUUACUCACCCUCUUGUCAUUUCAAACCUGUAUGACUUUCACUUUUUUUAUUCCACAGAACACAAAAGAAGAUAUUUUGAUUAAAGUUGGUAACCAAACAGCACUGGACCCCUUUCACUUCUGUAUUGUAUGGACACAAAACCAAUGCAAGUGAAUGGGGGCCAGUUAACAACAUUCUUCAAAAUAUCUUCUUUUGUGAAAAAAACCCAUACAGUCAUACAGGUUUGAAAUGACAAGAGGGUGUGAAAACAAUGAGAGAAUUACAAUUUUUGGAUGAACUAUCACGUUAAUAUAAAGGACAUAAACUGAAUUACAAUUUUUUGCCAGUGUUUCUUUGGCCAGUUUGAAAAGCAAUAGCUGUAAAUUUAAUUUGUAAAGGAGGAUCAGGCAUUACUGGUAUCUCCACACCAGGAAUAUAAUCUCAUGCUCAGCUAGAUUGAGGCCUGUUGACAUUUCUUGAUUUCCAAAUAGUGCAGUAAACGUUCCUCCUAACACAGUUGGAUAGUGAAGAUGGUCUCUAAAUUAAGUGGGUACCUUUUUCUGUCUUUUUAUUCUAUGUAUGCUGUAUGUGGCCUUUUGGGCUGAAUAGGAUAAAUUAUUCUAUAAUUUACACAUGAAUAUAUCUAUUUUCAAAGUAUAUAUAUAUGUGCUCAGUCAGUCCUUAAAAGCUAUUUACCAUGAACGUACAUAGGAAUUUUAACCAAUGCUCUUUAAAACACACUUGCCUAUAAACGUCUCCAUGACAUAUAAAGUAUGCUGCUCCAAAUUAUUACUUUAUAUUUGUCAAUGUUAUGAUGAAACUUUAAAGGUAUUGGGGGAAGUUGUAAUGUAAAUUGUAGUAAAAAUAGUGCCUUUAACAUUGAGCUCGUCAUCUUUUAAGUACUGUAUGAAUGGGCGUGGUUGUUUUGUAAAACCAUAUUUCCAUACACAACUGUGUUUGCCUGUUUGAUGGGUCUCUCAGCUGUAAUCGUUCCAUAUUAAAUAACAAUUGUAUAUAUGGACAACAUGAAAGGCAGCGAAGCAUAGGCUUGGAUUAAUCAUAUUCAUGAUUCUCCUCAUUAAUCUGCUUGUACAACGUUGAACUUGGAUAUUUAUUUUGAUUUUUUUCAACAUCUAAAUUAUUUUAUUUACAUAUCUUUUGUUUUCUUUCAAUGAACUACCCUCAUGUACAAAUAAAAUCAUUCUGUUUUUUCCAUUCUGGCUGAAUAUACGGUGGUAAAUUAUUCCUGUAAAAAGUCUGCAGUGUUUGUUUUGUACUUUUAAAUAA